AUGGCUGAUAAAUUUAUUAAGAUAGAUGAAGAAAAUAUUAAACUGUGGCAUAAGAUUGCUGAUUUGGAAGAUAGGUCACGCAGGAACAAUGCACGAUUCAGAGGUGUGCCUGAAUCAAUAACAGCAGAGAAAAUUGUGGAAUAUAUCACAACCUGUUGUGCCACCCUGGAGAAGGGUGUAUGGGAGAUAGAAAGAGCUCACGGAUUGCCAAGACACACAUGGUUAAUGGCAGAUAUACCACGUGAUGUGUGUAUGUUUCUAUCGUUACACUUCAAAGGAAGCACUAUUUGCAGCAAUCCGCAAGACACCGAUACUACCUUCCCCCUACGAGGCGAUUUCUGUUUACACAGAUUUAUCUGCUCUUACCAUGGCAAGACGUAA